AUGAUCGCUAGUAUUUCCGAACCAAGUUCGGCAGGGACUCCACCAACUCUUACACCCCAGCCAGUUAAGACUUUCGACAAAGGUAUAGUUGGCGGUGAUGAAUAUGGAGCGUUCACCGGAUUCGAGAGAGACGGCAAAGGGCACACUGGGUUCGGGCCUGCAAGCUCAGUACCCUUGGAACGUCGCAAAAAAGUCAUAAUCGUGGGAGCAGGUAUCAAUGGAAUCCAACAAGCGACCAUUCUGCUUAAGGAUGGAUAUGUCAAGCAUGGUGACAUACAGAUCAUGGACGCUCUGGACAGUUACGGCGGCGUCUGGCAGAAGAACAAGUAUCCAGGAUGUGCAUGCGAUGUCCCUGCCAUGAUCUAUACCACCUCAUAUCACAUCAACAAAAAUUGGACACAUUUCUACGCGGAACGAGCAGAGAUUGAAGAAUACUACACCAACUUCGCGCUCCAGUAUGGCCUUGAUAAAUGCACGCAAUUCCAAAGCUUCGUCAGGUCUUGUGCAUGGGACGACGACCUGAUGUGCGUUGGGAGCCUUGACCGGCCAAAAUGGGGCAACACGCCAGGCAGAGAGAACUUCAAAGGCAUUUCGUGGCAUACUGCCCAUUGGAGGCACGACUGCGACUUGACGGGCAAGAAAGUAGCUAUCAUCGGCUGUGGACCAAGCGCUGCACAGAUUCUUCCUGAGAUCAUUGACAAGCCCGAGCAUCUCACGGUUUACAUGCGGACACCGCCGGUGUGCAUUGCCAGAGGUGAUUAUGCCUACUCAAGGCUCUUCCGGUGGGCAGUCAAAUGGAUACCCUUGUUUGCGUGGCUUGUCAGGACGUACAUGAACUUGGAGAUGAUGCGAGACUGUCGUCCGAUGGCCACCGACGGCGACCCUAUGAACGAUAAGAUGACCCAGGAAGCGAUCAGGUACAUGGAGUCCCAGAUUUCCGACCCAGAACUCCGCGAAAAGGUCCGACCUCAUUCAAAGUUCUUCUGCAAACGACCAUUGCACUUGGAUGGCUUUUACGCCGCCCUGGCAAGAAAGAACUGUACAGUUCUCAGAGAAGACCUGGUCCGAUACACUGAGAAGGGUGUAUUGUCCAAGGACAAGUCGAGCGGAAAGGAGACCGAGCGUGAAUACGACAUCAUCAUUUUCGGCACGGGCUUCAACGUGUCCCAAUUUCUGGAGCACGAGAAGGUGAUAGGAAUCAACGGGCUGGAUCUCCAAGUCAAGUGGAAAGACCAUCCCGAAGCACUCUACGGGUUGGCCACCAGCCAGUUCCCGAACAUGUUCUAUUGUUUCGGUCCGAACUCAGCACACGUCUGGUCAUCUCAGCAGGAUAACUGGGAGCGGCAAGCUCGUUUCGCUGCGAAGGUUGUCAGAGAAUCGGUCCUGAGGGCGAGAAAAGGAGUGAAGCUGGCAAUCCAUCCUCGGCGGGAUUUUGAGAGGGAAUACAAUGCCGAAGUCCAGCGGAGGCAGACUGGGACUUUUGUCUGGGCCCGCCCGGACUGCGUCACCUACUAUAAGAAUGACGCCGGCUGGAAUACCUUUACAAUGCCGUGGACAUGGUGGCAGUUCAGACGCAUGCUGAGAAAGAUUCAGUGGGACCAGUGGGAUGUCAUUGAGAAACCUAUCGAGAAGGUGCAAAUCGGCAUGAUAUAG